CAAUUGAAACUUCGGUUCGAUUUCCAAUUUUCGCAGGGGUGCCUACCAUUCUUCCCAUAAAAGUUUUGUAAUUACACUAGCUCGCUCGGCAGAUAAAAAUAUCUUUUUUGUUUUUAACCCUGGCUGCUUGAAGAGGCAAUCUUUCCUUAGUGCUUUCUUUGUUCUCAUCUGAAUCAGUAUUGAAAGCAGACAAAAUAAGCAAAGAUGGAGGCGAAAUAUAUGGGGCUUAUGUUAUUUAUCUCUACAUUGGUUGUGGUGAUAAAUUGCCAAACUGCUGAGAAUUUAUUGGAUCAAGAAAUAGAAACAGCUAUUUACUAUGGAGAUUCAUAUGUUAAUAUCGGUGAUCCAUUUAAAAUAACUUGCAUUAUACCAAUUUCCGAGCCAAUUAAUUGGGUAAAAGAUGGUGAGCCCAUAACUAAUCAUAAUUUACGUCACUGGCGAGAUAAUCACUCUUUUAUAACAUCGGAAAGCGCUAUUGAUGGUGAAAGACACAAAAUCGAAGCCCAUUUGAGCGUUCGUCACGCAUUAAAAGCACACCAGGGCAAAUAUCAGUGUAACACACUACAUUCAAGCUAUCACCUGCUCAAGUUGCGAAAAAGUGAAAGCCCAUUCACGAAACCUCAGUUGGUCGAUUCUUCUGAAGAAAUGUACUUUUCUACCCAAUUACCAGAUAUGUAUCUACCGAGCGUCGGCAAUACAGUUCACCAGAGCAUACUACUACCGCCUCACACAUCAGCCCCGUCCAUCUCCACUCAAAAAUACGAUAUGCCUUCCCAAAAAGUUACCACUGUCUAUUCCAAUGCCACGCACUUUAAUAAUAAUAUGUAUACACUGCCAGAUGAAGUUCAGUCCUCAAAUAGUGAAAGAAGCUUCACCACAACUACUGGCCGCAAAGAACACCUUAAUGUGUUCGAUAAAAGUAACAUAACUGGCAUUUUGCUAGUUCAUCCAUCUUCUUUUCCAGUCAGUCCAGAAUAUAUUCAAAUGAUAACUGGCAGAAUGAUAGAACAAUCAACAUCAACUGAACCAAUAACCAUUAGGCAAAGUUAUCUUCCGGUCCUGCCAGGAGUUACAUCAUAUGAUAAUCCAACUACCACCUUUACUACUGCUACUACUAAUAACAUUUUAUCCCAACCAUUUUUAAAGAAGGAGCCUGAAUUACUGCUGCCGAAUUACGACAACAAAGAACAUAAGGUAAAAGCGUUCGACAUCAAAGGACCUCUUGUUCUCAGUUGUAACAUUACAAAAGAAGGAGACUAUGAUCUCACUUGGGAAAAGAAUGGCACUGAUGUCUCGAAAGUUCCUUCUUUACAAGGUCGUUAUAGAAUUAUCAAACCUGAAAGAAAGUUUGUGAUUGAAAGAACAGAAGAAAAAGAUGCUGGUACUUACAGUUGUGUGGUAAAUGGCGAAAAAAAAGAUUUCAGAGUUGCAGCGAAAAUUGUCGUCCGUGUGCCUUCCAAUAGCGGUGUUGUUGAAGGAGAAAAACUAUCAAUCCAUUGUGUUGUCGCUGGAACUGAUCCUCAGUUAUACUGGCAAAUGGGAAACCUUACAAUUUAUAACUCAUCGGGUAGAUACGAACUUAAAGAAGAUGAAAAUAAAGUUCAAAACGCAGUACUUACAAUGGACAAUGUAAGUUUAAAUGACAGAGGAGACUACAAAUGCCUUGGUCGCAACAUAAUCAACGAUUUGGGCAUUGCAGAUCCUGCAGAAGAUAUAAGCUUCGUCCGAGUCAAGGGAAAGUUCGCUGCUCUCUGGCCCUUUUUAGGUAUUUGUGCUGAAGUCAUUAUUCUCUGCACAAUUAUUUUAAUUUACGAGAAGAGGCGCAAUAAGACAGAACUAGAAGAAAGUGAUACUGAUCCAAACACUGAACAAUAAUAGUGUACGGCAAGAUCAGUCGUUGGAAUUAAAAAUAAAAUUGUUUUCAAUAAAAAAGAAUGUCAUUUAUUAAUAAAACAACAAUAAGCAAUUAAUUAUUUAUUAUUUUUAAACCUGUUAAACUCACAAUGUUAUACAUAUUCUAUUUUUGAAAUAUAAGAAAGUGCCGAAUGAAAAAACCUCCA